AUGGAGCCGCUGACCAUCAAAUCGACCUACCAACUGAAUACUGGCUAUGAGAUUCCAGCUCUUGGAUUUGGAGUAUAUCAGACGCCAGCAGACGAAGCAGAGAAGGUUGUAGCGCAUGCUCUAAAAAUUGGGAUUCGCCAGAUCGAUUCGGCACCAAUCUAUGAGAACGAAGCACCUUGUGGCGCCGCCAUCAGAAAAAGCGGCAUCCCGCGUGAUCAAAUCUUUUAUGUCUCCAAAGUGUGGCCGAACAGAAUGAGCUACGAGAACGCGAAAAAAGACGUCGACACGACGCUGGCCACUGCCGGUCUGAACUACGUCGACUUGUACAUCAUCCACGCACCGUACGGAGGCAAGGAAGCUCGAUGUGGCGCGUGGAAAGCCCUUGUCGAGGCUCAGAAGGCUGGAAAAGUCCGCUCGAUCGGAGUCUCCAACUAUGGCGUCCACCAUCUUGAAGAGCUGAAGGCAUACAUUGCACAGCUUGAGAAGGAAGGGGGAGAGGGCGCCGGCGGCAAGAUCAGUGUUGGGCAAUGGGAGCUUCACCCGUGGCUUGCCAGACCAGACAUUACUGAGUGGUGCAGACAGAACGGCGUGCUAUGCCAGGCGUACAGUCCUCUCGCACGCGGUCAGCGCAUGGAAGAGCCUGUUCUUCAUAAACUCGGCGAGAAGUACAACAAGUCCCCCGCGCAGAUUCUGGUACGCUGGAGCUUGCAGAAGGGCUUCUCUCCACUACCGAAGUCGGUGUCGAUCAAGCGGAUCGAAGAGAAUGCAGAUGUUUUUGAUUUUGAAUUGACGGACGAGGAUAUGGCGGAAUUGGAUCUGAAGGACGUAUAUGCUCCGUCGACCUGGGAUCCCACCACUUCCCACGACUAG